ACCGUGGCCCUGUCCGUGGGGAAAAGAUCUCCUCUCCAAUGGCUCUCCUCCCCCAAAUCCUCCCUUCCCCGCGCCCCCACCCCCACCUCGCCGCCUCCCGCCACGCCUUCUCCCCGGCCCACGCAUUCCGCCGACCGCCUCGCCUCCACGCCCCCGGCCACCGCCGCCGGGCCCUCCUCGCCACGCCGCCCAGCGCGUCCGGGCCCGGCUCCUCCCCGCCCGACCCCGACGACGGCCUCGUGGAGCUCCCGCUCUUCCCGCUCCCGCUCGUGCUCUUCCCGGACGCGACCCACGCGCUGCACAUCUUCGAGUUCCGCUACCGCAUCAUGCUGCACACCGUGCUCGACACCGACCUCCGCUUCGGGGUCGUCUUCGCGGGCGCCGGCGGCGCCGCCGACGUCGGCUGCGUCGGCGAGGUCGUCAAGCACGAGCGCCUCGCCGACGACCGCUUCUUCCUCAUCUGCAAGGGCCAGGAGCGCUUCCGCGUCCACCGCGUCGUGCGCAGCAAGCCCUACCUCGUCGCCGCCGUGCGCUGGCUCGAGGACCGCCCGCCCGCCGACGCGCCCGCGCCCGGGGAGGACGCCGAGGCGCUCGCCGUCGAGGUCGAGGCGCUCAUGCGCGACGUCAUACGCAUCGCAAACCGCCUCAACGGAAAGCCGGACAAGGAGGUCGGGGACCUGCGACGGGGGCUCUUCCCCACGCCCUUCUCAUUCUACGUCGGCAACACCUUCGAGGGCGCGCCCAGGGAGCAGCAGGCGCUGCUCGAGCUCGAGGACACCGCCACCAGGCUGCGACGGGAGCGGGACACGCUACGCAACACUCUCAACUACCUCACCGCCGCCUCCGCCGUCAAGGACGUCUUCCCCUCCUCGCCCUCCUCGGGGUGA